UCAAGGAGUUUGGUGAUGGGUGAACAGGUUGGGCCUCCCUCCAGACCAUCUUCUCCAAAUCCUCAAGAACGUGUGCUGAAGUGUGGCUGGCUAAAGAAACAAAGGAGCAUUAUGAAGAAUUGGCAGCAGCGGUGGUUUGUGCUGCGUGGGGAUCAGCUCUUCUAUUAUAAGGAUGAAGAGGAAACUAAACCUCAGGGUUUGAUACUACUGCAAGGCAGUCAGGUGAACGAGCUGCCUCCUAAUCCUGAUGAACCAGGGAAACAUCUCUUUGAAAUUACGCCAGGUGGUGCAGGGGACCGGGAAAAGAUGCCUGUCAAUCAUGAGGCUUUCCUGCUCAUGGCUAAUUCCCAGAAUGAAAUGGAAGAUUGGGUGAAAGCCAUCCGACGGGUUAUAUGGGCUCCAUUUGGUGGAGGGAUCUUUGGACAGCGCUUGGAGGACACCGUACAGUACGAGAGGAAGUAUGGCCAGCGCUUGGCCCCACUGCUGGUGGAACAGUGUGUGGAUUUUAUUCGGGAGCGAGGUCUUACAGAGGAGGGGCUCUUUCGGAUGCCUGGACAAGCCAACCUUGUCAAAGAUCUGCAGGAUUCUUUUGAUUGUGGAGAGAAACCCCUUUUUGACAGCAACACAGAUGUUCACACUGUGGCGUCCCUCCUGAAGCUUUACCUUCGAGAGCUGCCAGAGCCUGUCAUCCCCUUUGCCAAAUACGAAGACUUUCUUUCUUGUGGACAGCUACUCUCAAAAGAUGAGGGAGAGGGUACCCAGGAACUGGUUAAACAGGUGAAGAAUUUGCCCCAAGCCAACUACAACCUCCUCAAAUACAUAUGCAAGUUCCUUGAUGAAGUUCAGGCUCACUCCAGCAUUAACAAGAUGAGUGUCCAGAACCUGGCUACAGUAUUUGGACCAAACAUACUGCGGCCCAAAAUGGAGGAUCCAGUGACCAUGAUGGAAGGCACCUCGCUGGUUCAGCACCUGAUGACAGUACUGAUCAGUGAGCAGGGGCGGAUCUUUGCCGUUCCUCAGGCGGAGGUGCCAGGGAGCCAGCUGGAGAUCAGACCCGUGCGCCAGCGCAGCACUGUGGAGUGGAUCUCCGAGGAGGAUGGGGAGGACAGCAGGUCACAGAACAGCGCUGCCAGCCCUGCUGAUUUGCCUUCUGGCAAUGCUGUGGCUCUCGAGGCCGCUCCAGGACCUGCAGUGAAAAUCACUCCUCCGGAGCACAGUGGCAAAUUGACUCAGCCUGCCACGAGCCCCAGUAAAAGAGUGCAGACGCUGCCUCCAUGGAAAUAUUCCUUCCGCCAGCAGGGAGCACGGUCUGUGAGUCCAAAGCUGGGCAGCUCAUCCUUAGAUAUCCCCAACCUCUCCUCCAGUGGGAACUGGUUGAUGAAUGGCCUGUACUCCCUCCGGGGCCAUCGCCGGACCGCUUCUGGGGAACGAGUGAAAGACUCGUGCUCCUCCCAGAGACUCUCCACUUAUGACAAUGUCCCUUCAUCCAGCCUGUCCCUUAGCACACACAGCAUGGCCAGCACCACCUGGUCAUCAUCCUGUGAGAUCUCCGUGAUGGACUCAGUGAGCAGCUGCCCAGCCUGCCGGGCCAGUGACUCUUCUACUUUAAGCUCCCUAAAAACCGAGUGGGUAACUCAGGGCUCGCUGUCCCAGAGCGAGGUCAAGACAGCAGAUCUGGAGAACAGCAUGGACAGGUUUGAAGCCUGCAGCAGCAGCAGCGAACAGAGUGACCCAGCUGCAGCUUCCCGAGACUCUGUCCAGUGCUCCAGGGCCUUACAGAGCUUGGUGGUGGAGCUAAAGACAGAACUGAGCAAACAGAGGACUGAGUAUGAGACUAGUAUCAAAAGAAUUGAAGAAACAAGUGCAGACCUGAGGAACCAAGUGGUGAGGUUAGAAGAAGAACUGGACCAAGAAAGAAAGAAAUACACAAUGCUGGAGAUAAAGCUGAGGAAUUCUGAACGCGCUCGUGAAGACGCUGAGAAGAGAAAUUACCUCCUGCAGAAGGAAAUGGAAGAAUUUUUUUCAACAUUAGGAUGUUUAACUGUUGGGAGUCAAAGUGCUAAAGUCCCCAAGUAG